UUUCAAGCAGAUAUAUUUUAAAGUCUUUAUAGAAUUUUAUAGAGAAUGAAAUAGUGUCAAAGCAAAGUAUUUAAAAUACUUUUAAAUUAAUUGAUAUACAAUCGAACUUUGAAGUUUCACAAUGGCAAUAAGUUCUUUCGUUGCCACACUAUUAUUAUGUUAUUUUAUAGCAAAUGUAUUUUUUGGUGUUGUACAAUGCAUUGACCCUUUAAAAGUUUGUCUACCAGAUGCUGGAUGUUAUAUUGGUAGAUACAUGGUAAGUUAUAAUGAAAAGGAAAUUGAAACAUUUCUAGGAAUUCCAUAUGCAUUGCCACCUCUACGAUUUCAGACACCGAGACGUUAUCGCAGCAAUGAAACUCACCAGGCCAAGGUAGCCAGAUGCGCGUGCAAGCAAAGAAACUACCUUGAUCAUCAGAAACCGAUAAUUGGCAGUGAAGAUUGUUUAUAUUUAAAUUUAUACAGACCAUCGCUGCAAUAUUUUAAAUUAAUACCCGUAUUAGUACAUUUCCAUGGUGGUGGAUUUUUUAGUGGAGCAACUAGUCCUUUUUUUUUGGGUCCCGAAUACAUAAUGGAUGGGCAGGAUCUUGUUCUUGUAACGGUUACCUAUCGAUUGGGUCCAUUUGGUUUCCUAGGUACUAGUGAUGGUGUCAUACCCGGUAAUAUAGGUUUAAAGGAUCAGGUUAUGGCCCUACAAUGGGUAUACAAUAACAUAGAGUAUUUCGGUGGCGAUAAAUUUCGGGUCACGCUGAUGGGACAAGAUGCCGGAGGAAUGUCAGCUCAUUUGCAUACGUUUAGCAGAUUAUCGCGCGGCUUAUUUAGUGCCAUUAUAUCAAUAAGUGGAACGGCCAAUUCAAUAUAUGCCAUUGAUGAAAAUCCUAAUCAAACAGCCCGGCUGACCGCAAAAUAUUGUAAUGUAUCAAAUUGGGAUACAAUUAAUACGCGUAAGUUGUACUCGUCGCUUUUAUUCAUGGAUGCAAAUACUCUGCUUUCUGCCGGAGAUGGUUUAAAAUUUUGGAAUAUUGAUAGUUUAUGCAACUAUAAGCCAUUCGUUGAAGUAGAUAAACGUUUUUCUUUUCUAACCAAACACCCCAGCUAUUAUAUGAGCAAUGGCGAAUUCUGGCCAGUAGCUUCAUUGUUUGGUCGAGUACCGAAUGAGGGCGCUGUUCGUGCGGUGAAUAUCAUGGAAAAUGAGGAUUUACGUAAUGAUUUUAAUUCGAAUUUCUGGAAUUUAUCGGCGAAAAUGUUGGAGUUUCCAUCGACAUUUAGCGAUGAAAAGAAGUUAUCACGUACGAAGAUAAUCUUAGAUCAAUAUCAUUUACAAAAUUUUCACUUAGAUGGUAAUACCGUUCGACAAUUUAUGCAACUCUUAACAGAUCGUAUAUAUUAUCAUCCCAUGUAUAAAACUUUUAAAUAUUAUGUUGACAAAGUCGACCUACGUAAACAUCCGCUUUAUUUUUAUAUUUUCAAAUUUGAGGGAGAAUUAUCAUAUGCUGAAAAAUAUGCUGAUCAUCCAAUUAGACGUGAUUAUAACGUAAUUCAUAAGGAUGAUCAAAUAUAUUUAUUUCGAACGCGUUACCUAUUUCCCGAUAUUGAAAAGAAUACAGUAGCAGCGAAAAUGAUUCAAAUAUAUACUCGGUUUUUAUCAAAUUUUGUUUAUUACAGAAAACCAGCUUUUUCCAAAUUUACACGUUGCAACAGUUCUAAUUUUUUCCCAGCAUCCGGUCUAAUAUGCGAUUAUUUUCAACUUCUUAGUAAAAAUAAUUCAGUCAGAGUGGAAACUAAUAAUACCUGGGAUACGAAUAAGAUGUUUAUUUGGGAUGAAAUAUUGUCUUAAGAAAUAUGCUAUAAAUAAAAUGAAUAGUUACAGUAACUA